AUGUCAGACCUCUCAGACAUCAGAGAUAGACUCCAGGGGCCCGUUCACGAAAGCCUGACCGCUGGCGACGCGUUGGUACGUCUGAGAAGGAUCCGCGCAUCAAUCACCCCGAGUGACUACCUACUCCACGACCUGCGAAGAGCAAUGUACCCAAUGCGAAGGCUCGAGGCCUUUCGUGUGCCCAAGCGGGUCGCGUGCUACGAGAUGUUCCGCGCAAAUCCCGAUCGGUGGUUCAGAACGAGCAACAAUAUGAUGGACAACAGAUUGAGCGAUCUUGUUUUCAACACCAGAGCUGUUCCUUGGUUCAAGCCCCUGACUGGGCCAAUCUCUUUCCUGAAACAUGUUAGGUGGACUGCGCAAAACGAUUUGCGUCUUCGUGGAAUGGUCAUUGAGUUCGGCGCUGAAUCGAGAGGCUGCCAGCCCCAGUGGGUCGGAGACAGCCACCCCGUCCACGAACCAAGAGGUGCCUUGAGGUACAUGAUGCUCAACGUCGACGUCGCAAUCAACGAAAACAACGCGCCGGACGUCAUGUGGGGCAUCUUCGCAGCCGACCCCUCCAAGGCUCUAUUGCUGGCCGAACCCUCGCAGAGGCCCCCCUCGGAGAGCCCCCCCUCGGAGAGGCCCCCCCCAUUUACCCCUUGGGAUGUCAUGAUCCUGCGUGACGUCGUCACCAACUCCGCUCACCAAGAGCUCAAUGGCUUCGAGCACAUCGUUUCUCGCCAGUUUGACAUGCUCCUCAUGAAGUUGGAUGAUGAUCCGGCACGCCCCUAUGUUGUUGUCGCGAUCAGCGAUGCUGGACCCAAGCCUCCGCAGAACCCGUGA